CCUCAGGCAGUUGGAAUUGAGUUGGCAGCCAUAGGUGUCGUUCCAUUAGUCUUGGUUGCAGCAGUAGCAGGUUGGGUCUUGGUUAUUAUUGUCCGUCGCAGACAUCAGCGGAGAAAAGAGACCAAGGAAAUCAUCGAAGAGAUCAAAAAUAUCCACAGCAAUAGCUAUGCUAUGGAGUUUGUGAGGACAAGCAACGGAGCUAUCAGGCCACACCGCUCUGUGGAUAUCAGACGACCUUCAAACCCAACAAAAGACGAACAAGAUGACCUCAAAAUCCCGUUUGGCUGUCUCACUCUGGAUAAGGAGAUAGGGUCUGGGGCGUACGGGUCCAUCUACCACGCAGUGAUUGCCUGC